GAGACAAUGUUGAUUACGAAUGUUGUUUCGCUACAGGUGACCUAUUUGAUAAUUGUGAUGAAGCUGUUAAAUGGACAAAAGACAUUGCAAUAAUAUGGGGUUUCCAGUUGGUCAUCUCGAGAAAAUUAGAUAACAGAGGAAAAGAGUUGAGGUGUCAUCGAGGGGAACGUUAUAGAGGUACUGCAGGAAAAGUAGGAAAUUUCGUUAAGGCUGUUAUGAGAAAAUCGAAAACAAAAGUGACCGGCUGCCCUUUUAUGAUAAACGUCAAACUUGAUGCAACAUCCAAAAAAUUUUGUAUCUCGGUUCCUUUAUAUGACGAGAAGGGGACGCAUAAUCAUGCAUUUUAUGUGAAUCCCGAGGGUCAGCGACAGAUGAGCGGACUCAGCGAUCCAUCCAGAGAGAUUGUCCGUGUUAUGAGUUCUGCUCAGGCAACACCGGCAGCAAUUCUGGCUGCAAUUCAGGAGAAACACCUUGUGGACAACGUGACUAUCCGACAAGUGUAUAAUCAUAAAGCUAAAUUUCGGAAAGAAAGUUUGGAGGGUAGAGAUGUGGCUGGGCAGCUUCUGCAUUUGGCUACGGUCAGCAACUACAUAGUUUACACUGACGUUGAUUCGAACACACAGGCGUUGACACAUGUGUUUAUGUCGCAUCCACAAACAACCAGUCUAUUCUGGACAUAUUACUGGUAUGUCGGUAUAGAUUCCACGUACAAAACCAACAAGUAUUUUAUGUUACUUUAUAAAUAUACA